GAAGCUUUGUUUCAGUGUAGUUUGUUUUGAUUAUGAAAAGUGUCGUGCGUGGUUAAAAGAGGAAGCUGGUAAAUUAACUUUUAAAAUAAUUGGCUUAUAUACCGUUAUUGUACUAUGAUUUCAAUUCAGGGUCAACUUGUAGAAAAGUACCUGACACCAGACGAAAAACAAAAGAUCAAAACCGAACCUCCAGAUCCUGAAGACGAGGCUAAACCUAUAACGAUUGCUUGCGAUCCAGUCUUAAUCAAACGAGAAGAUGAUUGGAAUGAUAGUUUAUACGCAUCAGAAGAAACCAUGGGUCAGUUCCACGCACAAGCUUCAACCAACUCCGGUAUACUGGACACUUCCGAAGAAGGCCCCGGUUUCAAGAUAAAAACCGAAAAUACGGCUUCUAUGCUACAAGAAAAUUUUACCUGCAAUUUCUGCCAACAACAGGUUCCCUUGACUAACAAAGCAUCUCACCUAUGGUUACACAAUCGGAUGAAGAAUGCAGAAAGCACUGAAAGUGCUGAAAGUGCGACUUGUCAGCUUUGCAAUGUUACAUUCAAACGACCUAGGAACUGUGCCAUACACCUGGCGAAUUUUCACGGAAUUCUUAAAACGACGUGGGCAAGAAAAGAGUACCCCGGUUGGUCACAUGUAUGCCAUCACUGCAAAUACCACUUCCGCUGGAAAGAACUGAUAUGGUAUCAUAAAUGUGAUCGAUCUGAGCAAGCAAAUGACCACCUUUCAGAAGGAAGUUUCGAACAAAACAAAUUUGUUGUGGAACAUCAUUCAAAAUAUGAAUGUGAAAAAUGUAAAAGUACUUUCAAAGUUAAACAAAUAUUUGAAACUCACAUAGAAACUUGCAACCAAGAAGCCAAACAUAAAAACGAAAUUAAAAUGCGCAAGAAAAAAGUCAUAGUCACAGAUCAGGACAAACAUAUCAAGGAAGGGGUGCAAUGUCCAGACUGUGGGCAGAAAUUUGCAAACAACAGCAAACUGGAGCGUCACAAUAAUGCCAUUCAUUUGCAGAUAAAACCAUUUGCUUGUGAACAAUGUCCAAAAAAAUACAGAGAAAAACGAGCCUUGGAGAAUCAUUUUGCUUCGAAGCACUUGGGAACACCUCGCUUCGAAUGUGAAUUCUGCGGGGAAAAGUUUAUGUCCUAUCACGGUUGUCUCUAUCAUCGGAAGAAGAAACACGCCGCCGAUCUGGAAACCCGAAAUGGGGGCCGCACACCGGUCAAGGAACUGUUCUCCAUGGACGGUUGCAAGAUAGUGGAAGCAGAUCUAGGGAACAUGGAACAUUGAACCGGAGCACCGGUAUAGUUAUGUAGGGUAGCGAAUGUGGCAAUAGAUAGGCGGGAGGGCAUCAUUAUUAGAACCAUAAAUGUAACAAGUUAACCUAUUACUUAUAACAGAAGACUUUUCUUUUGUCAAAUCAUGUCUUUUUCAUUUUCUCAUGUGAGUUAAAAAUAACAAGAGCGAAUUCAGUUCAAAACUUUAUUAAAAAGCAAGAGUAAAACUACAAAAAUAAUUAUAUUUACUAAUUGUUAAAGAACUUCACACUUGAUUUCGGGUUUUUCUCUCAAUAGUUUAAAUUAUAGAAAGAGAAAAUAUUGUUCAAUACAUUAU